AUGAAGGGGAGGCUCACGAUCACCAGCAGCAAUCGGCCGCAGCAGCAGCAGCAACGCAGCAGUCCCGGGAAGAGCUGCUAUCCAUCGCUCGAUUGGAAACGGAAUCGAAACGGCUGCCUGGCGGUUCUGUUCUGCGUGACUUGCUUCUCCGUGAUGAUGUGCCUGGUGUUGGCGGACAUUUUCAAGCACGUCGACAACGAUGGUAGCGUAACGGCUUCGACCGAAAUGCCUGGCAAAGUUUAUCCACUGCUCGGGGCCAGGAUGGACGAGGAAGUUGGAAAGUGUAAGCUUACUUCCGAGUGUGCUAUUGAGUGCACCGAUAUAGAUGUGAUUAAUAUAUCGGUCGAAGUGUACGAGCUGGCCAAGACCAACUCUUGUGCAUCGUUUAAUCUGAACGUGGUAUCGCUGUACAUAGAGGAUAGUGUACUAAAGCCAAACUGGUUACAGUUGGACCUUGACCUCGACGUGGGGUCGCUACAGAUGAUGAACUCCAACGUCGUUGCCAUCGAGCCGGAAACCUUCGACGUGGGAUGGUUCUUCGGUACGACCGUGUUAACGCUGCAGUCACUCAAAAUCGAGUACCUCCCGACGACGGUGUUUCUGGGGUUGCAAAGCUUGAAAGAGCUGAACCUGCGGAAUCUGCCCCUGCGGAAGAUCGAUCCGUACGUGUUGAGCCCGAUGAAGUACUCCCUCACGCGGCUAACCGUCGAGAGCAGCCUGGACGGGAUUAGCCCGAAAAAUCUAACCGGCUCAGUGACCCUCGAUCGGCUCGAGAUACUCUCGCUGGAGUACAACCGAUUCGAGGAUCAGUUGCAGCAGAACACGUUCGCGAAGCUACCGGCAAUGGCCAGCUUGUACUUGCGUAGCUCGCACAUAACUUCGCUCGGUGGAACCGUUUUUGAGAACAUUGCCAACACCGUCAAACAGAUAUACUUGAACGGGAAUGAGCUGAGUGUCAUCGAGGAAGGGACGUUCGAUAGCCUCCAGCUGAUGGGCGGGAAGGUGUACUUAAAAGACAAUCCAUGGGUGUGCGGAUGUGAGUUGGCCUAUUUGCAGAAGCUUUUGACCACCACCAGCUUCGUGUUGGAUCAACCGAUGUGUGACAGCCCGGUCGAGUUUAGCGGUUUGUUGAUUAGCGAUGUUCCACUUUGUGCUACACCGACACCAUCUGUUGCGCCCUCGAUUACCACUGAGUCAUCGACUGUGUCAUCUGAUACGACGGAGCCAUCGUUGACACAGAGCACGACAGAACCAUCGUUCACCACAACAAGCGAGCAGAUGACUACGGAAUCGACACCUGCUGAGGACACUACAGAAAGCGAGCCAAGCACGACAGAUGGUGAAACAACGUCGAACUAUGAUUCCACCACCGAGGAGAUUACCUCAGAAGAACGUACAAGCAAGCAUGAGCCAACUGAUUACACGACAACUUCAUCCUCAAUGGUCUCCACUGAAACGACUUUGGAAAUAACAACCCAAACGCCAGACACUACCUCGCAGGAAACAACCACCAUGAGUGUUGAUACUACGACAGAAGAAACCGGAACAACUUCCACUGAAGAAACGACCACGACUCCCUAUACAACAGUGUCAGAUUGGAUCACACCAGAGGAAACAACUUCAAGUUCACCCUCGACGGAAGAACAAACGACGGAAACAUCGGCGGAAUCUUCGACGGAAUCACCGACAGACUCCGCGACGACGGAGUUUUCCAGCUCGGAAACAACGCCCCAAACCCUCCCGACCAUCCAGCCGAAUGUCGUCGAGUUGCAGUGCGAAAGUACGGCCAAUCCACUGAUCUCGGAGAUAACCACCGAGAAGGCCGACUCGGCACGCUUGGUCGGUGCCGGUACGAUCGCGCUCAACGUGGCGACCCGCUCGAAGCUGUUCACCAUCUCCGAGGCGCAGGAGGGUGCGGUCGAGAUCUUCUUCGACAAGACGACGUACGGUGCGGUCCUGUGGUUCACCGACACCUCCACCCUGUCGACGGUGUUCUCCACCAACGUCGAGAGCAGUGCGCACUGCCAGACGCUCGGUAGCCAGAAGAUGCGCGUCAGCAAUCUCGUGCCGGACAAGAAUUACAUCUUCUGCGCGUUUAGCCUGCACGAGACGAUGGUGUCCCCGUUCAACUGCCUGCCGUACCGCUUGCUCCCGGUGUACGGGCAGCGGGCCUGGCUGGUGGAGGACCAGAAGAUCAUGAUGAUCAGCAUUAUCAUCUCGUCCAUCUUGGUCGCGCUGCUGACCGGGGUGCUGGUGACGUACUGUUUCUUCAAAAGUUUGGCCCUCUACCAAACCAAUCAUUCCAAAACGUCCGUGCUGCCGCUAGAGAACAACACCAUCAAGAACACGUACAUGUCACCGAUGCCCCCGAAGAAACCGGUUACACCUGAGAGGCCCAACAUCAAGCGCAGCGUGUCCGAUACGAGCAUCGAGAGUGGCCGAAGUUACGUCUCGGCCGUCGUCCCGGCGACCCAGUUCCAGUACAUCUCCUGGAAGAUGGAAAACCGCGCGCGACCUUCGCUCGAGUUCUACCCGAACGAGCCACCGCCCCCGCCGCUGCCACCGCACCCGAGCAAGCGGCUCAAGAAGCAGAAGUCGGAGAUCAAAAUAAACUUUCACCAGCAGCAGGAAAUCUACGACGAGCCGGGCGCUACAACGAGCUACAAUGGACGGACGGCCGGCAGCAGUACGCUGCAUCAGUCCCUCCGCAGCAAUCGGCACCGGGCGAGCUACGGCGGUGGUGGUGGUGGAAUGCUGCACUGA